AGUUGAGUUUGGUGCGGGGUUAGUGACUCACUUGCUAUACGGCCUCCAAAUACUUCUUCCUCCCCACUACCAUCUCUCUCUCUUACAAUUAUUGCUGGUCGGCAUCAAUGAGGGUUUUACAUGGGGUAUGAUUGGUUAAACAUGAAGAGUAUAGUUCAUCUUGAAUUUUGAAUAAAGUUUGAGACAACAGUGUUACUCUAGUUUAGUUGUCUGGUGGUGUAAGAAAAAAUGGCUGGGAAUUCAUUGGCGUGCUCUUCUGUGUUAUCUGCAUCAUCAGUUGUUAAAAUCCGUAACUCUUCGACUUUGAAUUUCUUGCCUUGUCUUCCAUCAAGACCGGAAAAGAAAUUAAUGAGGAUAAGAGCUAUGUCAGCUGAUGCAGAACAAAACCCGGCAUCUUCCUCUAAUGAGAAGAAAAAUCCUCUCGCAGCUGUUUCGGAGGUUCCAAAAAAUUUAUGGAGGCAAACAUUGAAGCCGUUAAGUGAUUUUGGGUUUGGCCGGCGGAGCGUAUGGGAAGGUGGGGUGGGAUUGUUUCUUGUGUCUGGUGCGGUGCUUCUUGCACUUAGUUUGGCUUGGUUGAGAGGGUUUCAGUUGCGUUCUAAGUUCAGGAAGUACACUGCUGUCCUCGAUUUUUCUCAAGCUUGUGGAAUUUGUACUGGAACCCCGGUUAGGAUUAGAGGGGUUACUGUCGGUAAUGUCAUCAAAGUUAAUCCGUCUUUGAGAAGUAUUGAAGCAGUUGUUGAGAUUGAAGAUGAUAAAAUAAUCAUUCCUAGAAAUUCACUGAUUGAGGUGAACCAAUCAGGUCUACUUAUGGAAACAUUGAUUGAUAUCACACCUAGAGAUCCAAUUCCAUCACCUUCUGUUGGACCCCUUGGUGCUGAAUGUGUUAAAGAGGGUCUUAUUGUAUGUGAUAGGCAAAAGAUAAAGGGACAGCAAGGGGUAAGUGUAGAUGCAUUGGUUGGGAUAUUCACCCGUCUUGGACGUGAAAUGGAGGAAAUUGGUGUCUCUAGAAGCUAUCAAUUGGCCGAGCGUGUCGCUGCUGUUAUUGAAGAGGCAAAGCCACUCCUUAUAAAGAUGCAGGAUAUGGCUGAAGAUAUUCAACCCUUGCUUGCCGAGGUUCGUGACAGUGGUCUCCUUAAAGAAGUUCAGAGUCUGACCAGAAGCCUAACACAAGCCUCAGAAGAUUUAAGAAAGGCGCAUACAUCUAUAAUGACUCCAGAGAACACCGAGUUGAUUCAAAAGUCCAUUUACAGUCUAAUAUUUACUUUGAAAAACAUUGAGAAUAUUAGCUCUGAUAUUCUGGGAUUCACGGGUGAUGAGACCACGAGACGGAACUUGAAAGCACUUAUUAAGUCUCUCAGUAGGAUGUUAUGAAGACAGGUGAAAGAUUUUCGUCAGUAUUAUAGAGAGAAGAACAACAUCUGCUCAGAGUUAAAAAGUUUUCGAUUAGCAUAGAAGCGGUCAUGGUCAGAGGUAUUUGUUGCAUUCUUAAUCAACUUAUGCGAUGUUUCCCUUGGCCUAAGCUUUUCAGUGUAAGCUACUUUGCUGUAGGAAACCUGUGAUUAAACAGUUUAAAUACUUGGAGAAAUAGAAUACAUCAUUAAAGAUUA